CGCUAACCAAGAAUUAGCAAAGGGAUACACGAUAUUUAAGAACGAGUUCAGGGCAGGCCUUCUAAACUUAAACACUCUCUGCUAUCAAGAUGGCAGCAGCAUGGUUGCUCCACGCUCUGUAUACCUCCAUGCUGGGCAGUAGUGGUCUUCAGGGAGGACAGGGAGGACAAGGUGGAGGACAGGUAGGGAGGAAUGACGUGUACCUCAUGGCCAACACCAGCUACGGUACAGUCAGGGGAAAGGUGGACUUCACGACUCAAGUACCAGUGGCCAAAUUUCUGGGAAUUCCCUACGCUAAAUCACCAACAGGGAAGUUACGCUUUAAAGCUCCAGAAGCUCCAGAUGCUUGGAGUGGCGUCAAGGAUGCGUUCCAGUUUGGUCACACCUGUAUGCAGAUGCGAUAUCCAUUAUAUACACCCAGCGACAUGAGUGAGGACUGCUUAUUUCUCAACGUUUACACUCCAACAACUAAAACAUCUCCAGGAGCAAUACCCGUGAUGGUUUGGAUUCACGGAGGAGGUUACGUGACAGGGUCAAGUUCCCUGUACGAUGGGACUCUUUUGGCAGCAAAAGAAGUCAUCGUGGUCACCAUCAAUUACAGGCUAGACGUCUUUGGAUUUUUGUCAACUGGAGAUGACGUAAUACCUGGCAACUACGGCAUGAUGGACCAGAUAGCAGCUCUUCAGUGGGUUCGGAAGAACAUUGGCGCGUUUGGCGGCGAUCCCAAUCAAGUGACUAUUUUCGGAGAAAGUGCUGGAUCCAGUAGCGUCUCUCUUCUAACUAUUUCGCCCUUAUCUAAAGGCUUGUUCCAGAGAGCCAUUAUGGAAAGCGGGGCCUCCUUGAGUCCGUUUGGGUUCCAACACCCAGGUAAUCGAAUAUCGGCCUUGACAAAUGCACGAUUGAUCGCAACAGGAGUUAUGUGUGGCAAUCUGGACGACCCUAAAAAGUUAUUGUCUUGUCUUCAAAAUGUGGAUGUACAGCGGCUACUUAAUGUAUCUGUGGCUGUUUCUAAAGCAUUAGACGUAAAUCUCAUCAUGUGUCCGCGAGUCGAAAAAACAUUUGGGUUUUUGCCAGAUUUGCCGGGUACGCUUCUUAGCAGAGGUGAGUUCAAUCAUGUGGACACAAUAAGAGGCUUCAAUACAGAUGAGACGGGAGCAUUUAUACGCAAUUUAAUAAAGCGACCCAUUUCUCCUGAAGUAGCAGACGAUAUAUUGCAUUACUGGUUAAAACAGAUGUCUUCAUUAGCUCAAGAACAAGCAGCCACAAUAUUGAAGUCGAGAUACAUGAAAGACGAAUUAAACGUGGUGAACCUACAGCGUGACGCCAUGGAAGCACAAGACGAUUUCGCGUUCAUAGGACCCACCAUAAUAGAAGCCAAUGAGUUUUCUCGUCGAGCACCGGAGAAAAGUCAUUACUUGUAUGAAUUUAAUUACAGACCAAGUUAUAGCAUGUAUCCAAAAUGGAUGUCGGCCACUCACAGUGAUGAAAUCGGCUACGUUUUCGGGGUACAGCAAUUAGUCUGGAUAUACGGUAUACUUCCUACAAAGGAUGACUUCUCAGUUUCUAAACAAAUAAUGGACUUGUGGACCAAUUUCGCGAAGACCGGGAACCCAACUCCCACAGUGCAUGCAGGGAGCGUGCAAUGGAAUCAGUACAGUGCAACAAUGCCCAACUAUUUACUAAUCAAAUUGAACUCUCAGCAAAAAACAUGGCAAAGGCCCGAGGCAGCUGACGUAUUCUCUCAAGUUCUCCAAAAGCUUGACGGUACACGGCAAACCCCAGUUGAUACAAUCAUCGGUUAAAGAUGGUCUGCGAGCCGCUUUUUAUUCUGAGUACAAACCAAGUAACCCUCUUUAACUUUCGCAAACAUGUUCAGGCUGAGUCGAUAUCGAAUUUAGAAAAAAAUAUUUUAAAAAAAUAAUGUGUUCCUACCUAUACUUCUUAAGCCAUUCAGCUCACAAGAGGUUUGUUAAAGUGUCAUAGCUAUUUUUGGUAGCAAAACGUAAUUUGAGCUCUUGUAUUAAUUUCUAAUCUAGGAUCGUUUUUAUCCUAGUGUAAUUAAAAUGUCACAAUCUAAUUGUUUUCAUACAUACUACGUCAGUGUCCUGUCAGCCCUACAUGAGAGUGUAAUAUCAAGACGAAAGAUUGCUUAUUGUGUAUUCACUCAAGGUUGAUGAAGAUAGUUUUUUUAAAGUCAUAUUGAAAAACCAGAUGUUCACAUUCUCUGGUUGCAAAAAUUACUACAAGCAUUGUACUACUAGGUAACAGUUUCAAUAUUACUCGUACAUUUAGUUUACGAAGUAUGCAUCCAUAGAACAUAAUAAUGGGCACGCCCUACCAUCUGUCAUAAGAUACACGUUAAUAUUGGUUAUUAGGAUGGUUUAACCUUGUCAAGAAAAUGUAAUUGAGAGCCAGUCGUGUUUUAUAACAGGAUAUCAUUGCUUCAUGUUAGUUUUAAGACUUGGUGAAUGCGUUUAGAUUUUUAAAAUCUGGUUUCAAGGAAACGACAACGUUUCCGAAUACACCGGAAAAUGCUGUACUCGACCCUUUUGGCUUCGUUCACUAGAUAUUCAUUGUAUUGACAUUUGUCUUGAAAGAUAACUUCUUUUUUGUUUUAUGUGCAUACUACUCAGAUGUGAUUUUUUAUUAAAAAGCCAUAUUGUAACGAUCACUUCA